UUUUUAAAGGGGGGAGCUGCUGUUAUUUUUAUGUCACCUGAGAGAUUUCACUUCCUCAGUCUGAGCACCGACGGCUGAGCUUCGACCUCAGCUGCCGAUUAUUUAUGUAUUUAUUUGUAUGAAGUUGUUUCUUGAGACUCUGGACUUCGGGCUCUUCCUUCCUUAAAGCAGAGGUAUGCGUGUAUGUUUACGAGUACUAAUGGUAGCUGUGAGCGAGCAUCACCUGAGAGGAUAGAAUUGUGUCAUCAUGACAGACUGUCAGACUCCGUGGCCGCAGGGUACCGAGUGUGUGGCCAGGUACAACUUCAGAGGCACCUCAGAACAGGACCUGCCCUUCAACAAAGGAGAUGUGUUGACCAUCAUUGUUGUCACAAAGGAUCCAAACUGGUACAAAGCUAAAAAUACUGCAGGUCGUGAAGGAACAAUUCCAGCCAACUAUGUGCAGAAAAGAGAAGGUGUGAAAUCUGGAGGCAAGCUGAGUCUAAUGCCUUGGUUUCAUGGGAAGAUAACACGGGAUCAGGCUGAGCUGCUGCUUAAACCCCCUGAGACAGGCCUGUUCUUGGUCCGAGAGAGCACCAACUACCCUGGUGACUACACGCUGUGUGUGAGCUGCCACGGCAAGGUGGAGCACUAUCGCAUAAUCUACCACAACGGCAAACUCACGAUCGAUGAGGAAGAAUAUUUUGAGAACCUGAUGCAGCUGGUAGAGCACUACACAAAAGAUGAAGAUGGCCUGUGCACAAGACUAAUCAAGCCAAAGCUGGAGGAGGGAACCGUGGCUGCACAGGAUGAGUUUUCCAGGAGUGGCUGGUCUAUGAACAGCAAGGACCUCAAGCUACAUCAGGUUAUCGGAAAAGGGGAGUUUGGAGAUGUUAUGGUGGGUGAUUAUAGAGGGACUAAAGUGGCCGUGAAGUGCAUAAAACAUGAUGCUACAGCACAAGCAUUUAUUGCAGAGGCUUCUGUCAUGACGCAACUACGGCACAAAAAUCUUGUGCAGCUCCUGGGAGUGAUUGUGGAAGAGAAUGGGAGUCUGUUCAUAGUUACGGAGUAUAUGGCAAAGGGCAGUUUGGUUGAUUAUUUACGCUCCAGAGGCCGGACGGUACUUGGAGGAGAUUCUCUGCUGAAUUUUGCACUAGAUGUCUGUGAAGCCAUGGCGUACCUGGAGGCCAAUAAUUUUGUCCACCGAGACCUGGCAGCUCGGAAUGUUCUUGUUUCAGAGGACAACGUUGCCAAGGUCAGUGACUUUGGUCUGACCAAGGAAGCUUCUUCUACUCAGGACACUGCCAAGCUGCCAGUGAAGUGGACAUCACCAGAGGCCAUCAGAGAAAAGAAAUUUUCCACAAAAUCAGAUGUCUGGAGUUAUGGUAUUUUGCUUUGGGAAAUUUAUUCCUUUGGGAGAGUGCCUUACCCGAGAAUUCCACUGAAAGACGUCGUUCCUCGGGUGGAAAGUGGAUACAAAAUGGACUGUCCAGACGGCUGCCCUGAAGUGGUUUAUAACAUCAUGAAACAGUGCUGGAACCUGGAUCCUGAUGCUCGACCGAGCUUCCACAUGUUGAAAGAAUGGCUAAAACACAUCAGGCAUGGAAUGGGAAAAACACAGUGAGAAAGCUGACAGAGCAGAUAUCACUUUCUCCUUCAGGUUGCCCAUGUGGACCAUAAACUGGUACAAGAUACCAGUGGCAAGGACUGCAUUGUUUCACAGGAUUCACAAGAGUCCACACACAGUGUCCUCUGAUCAAACUCUUCUUGCCAUCCAUCACCUCAGGUUGUAACAGCUGGACUGACUCUGUCCUCGUCAUCUUAUCUGUUAUCAACAGUGAACCGUCAUAUCAGCGAGGGCUGCCUUAGACCACAGCACCAGC